GAAGAAAAUGCUCACUGACAGCUACAUUUUGUAGUAGGAAAAAAAUCUUCCUAUUGACAAAAUAGAUAUUUCUCGGAGUGAUAUGGUGUAUGCCUUAAUAAUACUUCUCGGUCCUAGAAUAAGAAUUUUAUGAAAAUAGCGUACGAAGUACAAGGCAAGGAUCUGCGACAGAAAUGUUUCUUUCUACAACUUGUCAGUACCACGUUUAUCCAUAUUUUACCCAUUUUAUAAAGAUUAAUUGAGAAAUCGAGCAACACUAGGACCCAGCUUUCAUCAGAAGGCUUUGAUUGUGCCCAGUCACUCAAGUGAUAAUAUUUUAAAUCCCAAAUUUUUUCCGUACUACGAUUCCUAGUAAUCUUUUUCCGUGCGAUCCAUGCGGCUCUGUGGAAGCAGAGUACGGUCGGGUAAAGUGGGUCUGUGACAUUAACACCGGAUAUUGCGACUUUUGUACCUUUCGCGGAGAGGAGUAAUUCUUUGCCUUUUUUACCUGCUAUAAUAUUCAUCAAAAUGUUAAAAACAUUUCAGUUGAUUUAGAUUGUCAGAAGUGUUGGUACCAAAUUUUUCGUGAAAAGCUAGUGACUCUAAGAGACUUGAUAACGUAGUGUUUGACAUGCCACUAAAGGGAAUAAGAGUUAUUGAAAUGGCUGGUCUAGCACCAGCACCAUUCUGUGGAAUGAUUUUAGCUGACUUUGGAGCAUCUGUAAUUCGUGUAGACAAGGUAGACCAUGCACAGAUCCACACAUCUAUAUUUAGACUAGGCAUUCCCUAUCCUAGUCUGUAUCGUCAAGUGAAUAAAUACGUUUCAAGCACAAAACGCAUGCGCAUCAAAUAUGUCGCUGUGUGAAGUAAAAGCGGAAUUUCAAAAAACUUAUGGAAUAAAUAAUAUAUCCUUCACUCAGCCAGACGAAUAUUUGGAUCAUGUAUAGAUGACAGUGACAACGUUGUAUAUCGUUGGUACAGAUAAUAUGCAAGAAUAGUUAUUCGACUGCAUGUUUUAGAUUAUGCCAUCGAUACAAACAUUUGAUUGCUUAGGGAAUGGAAAAAAAUCUAUUUCUAUAGAUUUGAAAACAAAAAAGGGAGCUGAUGUCCUGAGAAAAUUAUGUGAUCAGAAUGAUGUACUAAUAGAUCCUUUUAGAAAAGGAGUCAUGGAAAAAUUGAGCUUGGGCCCUAAAGAGUUAAUGAAUCGAAACAAAAGAUUGAUCUACGCUAGAUUAACUGGAUUUGGACAACAUGGCCCAUAUUCAACCAUGGCUGGACAUGACAUAAAUUUUUUAGCAUUAUCUGGAUUAUUAUCGUUAUUUGGUCGACAUGGUGAAAAACCUACACCUCCAAUAAAUCUUGCUGCUGAUUUUGGAGGUGGUGGUUUAAUGUGUACUCUAGGAAUCAUUCUAGCAUUGUUUGAACGUAAUCAAAGUAAUAUGGGUCAAAUAAUAGAUGCCAGUAUGGUCGAAGGUUCUGCAUAUUUGGGUAGUUGGUUCUACAGAUCUCGAGAAAUUCCUGGAUUAUGGGGCCAGCCACGAGGAAAGAACUUAUUGGACACUGGUGCUCAUUUUUAUGAUACGUAUCAAACAAAAGAUGGAAAAUAUAUGUCUGUAGGUGCAAUUGAGCCUCAAUUUUAUAAUAUUUUAUUGGAGAAAUUGGAACUCUCUGACAAUGAAGUUCCUCAAUUUGAAAAGUUUGAAGAAAAUCGUAUUAAAUUGGCUGAGAAGUUUAAAGAAAAAACUCAAGAAGAAUGGUGUGCAAUUUUUGAUGGGACAGAUGCUUGUGUCAUUCCUGUAUUAUCAUUAGAAGAAGCGCCUCAUCAUUCACAUAACAAACACAAUGAAAGCUUUCUACUUCAAAAACAAGAUUCAGCAGUACCAAAACCUGCUCCACGCCUAUCCCGUUCUCCAGGAGCAUCAUGUGUUAUGCGUGGACCUCAUCUAAUUCCUGGAGAAAAUUCAGUUGAAAUUCUAAAGGAAUAUAAUUUUGACUCUACUGAAAUAAAUGAUUUAAUUUCCCAGAAUAUAAUCAAGCAAAGAAAGACACAGGCUAAGCUUUGAAAUUGCUGUAAUAAGGUAUAAAAGCAUGGAACAUGAAAUUUAAUAAACAACUAUCUACAUCUGUGAAUGUAGAAUGUAAAACAUAGGGACCGAUACCAUGAAUAAUAUUCCUGGUGGUAUCAUAUGGAACACGUAAUUAAAACCGCAAAAAAAUAAAAUCUAUUUUUCAAAAAAAUA